ACCAGAGAAUGUUUGAUGACUUGCUCUCUGAAACAAACAGCGCCACGUGACGUCAGACCUUCACAUCCAGGCAACGGACGCAACGGAACGGGACAAACAUGGUUGGACACGAGACGCGCUGAAAUUACAACGCUCAAGGACAAACGAGCAGCUUGUGAUCACAUUGUGAUAUCUUCUGAGGGGAAACAACUCUCUGCUGUCAUGCCUUAUGCAUAUGAACAGCUUUAUUCAAGACCGUUCAUCACACCCGGCUCUAACCUGCCAGAGAAUCUCCUGAACCUCGCUCACUCCUUUGGCUAUGACUGCAGGCGCAGAGCAAACCUGCAGUUGGUGGAAGACAAAACUCUGAUCUUUAUUGCUGGUCAGAUGCUGAUCCUGUUUGAUGUUAACACCAAACAGCAGCGAUACAUCCGUAGCAGCAGUGGCGGUGGGAUUGGUGCAAUCGGGGUACACCCAAGCCAAGAGUACUUUGUUGUGGCAGAGAAAGGAAAAAGGCCUAUCCUGAUAAUAUAUGAAUAUCCUUCAUUACAAGUAUACUGCAUUCUCAGAGAUGGUGCAGAGCGUGUGUUUAGUUCUGUGAAUUUUAACAGUGACGGGAGUCUUCUGGCCACCCUGGCCAGUGCACCCGACUACUUGCUGACCGUGUGGAAGUGGAGGCAGGAGGAGGUGAUGCUCAGGUGCAAAGCCAUUUCUCAGGAGGUUUUCCGAGUGAGCUUCUCCCCGUACAACCCUGGACUGCUCACAUCAUCGGGAUCUGGACACAUCAAGUUUUGGAGAAUGGCCAGCACCUUUACAGGUCUCAAAUUGGAAGGACUUAUCGGCCAUUUUGGGAAAACGGCAGCUACCGAUAUCGAAGGCUACGUAGAACUUCCCGAUGGAAAGGUGGUGUCUGGCUCAAACUGGGGCAACCUGCUGCUAUGGGAUGGAAAUGCUAUCAAAGUGGAGAUCUGCAGCAAGGGAGGACGCUGUUGUCACGCAGGCGUUGUCCAACCUUUCGCCUUGGAGGAUGGACAGCUGAUGACGUUCGGCUCCGAUGGAGUGAUCCGGGGCUGGGACUUUGAGACAAUCGACAAUGCGGACGGUAGCGGUGAAAGCGGCAAAUUUGAGAUGGAGCCCGUGAAUGAGACGACGGUCUGGCGCCAUGCGCGUCUCUCCUCAAUAGUGAAAAGCUCCCAGUCUGACUCGACUGUUUGGUUUGCUCAGGAUUCCAAUGGAGCUAUCUGGAAAGUGGAUCUCUCUUUCACAUACACCACUCCUGAUCCACAGUGCCUGUUGUCCUCCCAUGCCGGACCGAUCGAGGCUCUUGAUGUGUCAAAGUCAAGUCAUCUCAUGGCCACCACUGCUCUGGACCGUUCAGUCAGAGUCUAUGACCUUCUGACAAAAAGAGAACUCGUCAGUAGCAGGUUCAAUCAAGGCGGAACCGCUCUUCACUGGGCACCACUUUCGGUGAAGUACAGUGGAGGUUUAUUGGUGACAGGAUUUGAAGAUGGGGUGGUUCGUUUACUGGAGCUUUAUGACGCCAAAGGGUUGCACAACAACAAAGGGGGUGCCCACAUUCGACUCAAGCAAGCUUUCAAGCCGCAUAACGGCCCCGUAACUUCUGUUGCAUACGACUGCAACGGGAAAAUAUUAGCCACAGGGAGCUCAGAUUGCACUGUGUUCUUCUUUACUGUUGGAGAAAAAUAUGAGCCCAUCGGCUUUGUUCAUGUUCCCGGACCGGUGCAGUUACUGGAGUGGUCACCUCAUUCCCAUCAAGAAAACAGGUUGCUGAUCCUGUGUCAGAAUGCUCAUGUUGUCGAGGUACCGUGUCCUGAUCAGAAUACCCUGAAACCAACCAAAUCCUUCCAACUGCUGGACCUGCCCAGAAGGUUCUUCUGCUUCAAGAGCAUCAAAUCCCAAAUCAAGAGAGCAGAGGAAAUGGCAAGACUUCGAGCUUUAAAGGUGAAGCAAGUGCAAGAAGAGCAUCAAGGCGUCGGAGAGGAGGUGCUGGAAGAAGAGUUACCGCCCAUUUUCAUCCCUAACCCUCGUAGUCCUCUUCUCUGUGGUUUCUACUCACGGCCUGGCCAAUUCUGGCUCUCUAUGGGAGGGUUUGACUCCGGUUUCCUGUACCAUUGUAAGUUCUCUGAGAGUCAGGAUGAGAGUCCAGACCAACGUCAAGAUGAGCCAUUUGACUUCCUGACUGUCCUGAAUGCUGACGACGAUGCUAUUUGUUCGGUCACCUUCAACUCCAACAGGCAGCUCAUGCUCUGCGGCAUGCACUCCGGCUCCAUCAGGAUUUACCCUCUUGAUCCGGACGACCACACCAUAACCUCCAUGCAGGCAUUCUGGGAACUAAGCAUCCACGACGGCACUUAUGGACACCUGCGGCACAUCCGCUGCAGCUAUGAUGAUCGGUUUGUUUUGACAGCAGGAGAUGACGGGAAUAUCUUCUCCUUCAACCUGCUUCCUCAUAAGGAGCUGCAGAAAGACCUGCAGAGGAACAGGGCCGUGGUUCCUUCUCCAAGGGACGGUCUUGAGAAUGAGGAUUCGGCUCAGGACAUCGAUGACCCAGCGGCCGACAACAUAGAGACGGUCCAACAGAAGUUGGAGAAAGACCAUCGGUGUCGGGAAGCUGAGAAGAAGAAAUCUGACAAGCGGAGGAGGCUUGCUGAGAUUCAGAACAUUUUCAAAAAAUUGCUCAAGGACAACCUUGAACUGCCAGAACAUUUCCGGCUGACACUUACGGAGUUGCAGCUGGACGCGUGUUUUGCAGAUCAGGCUGAGAAGGAGAAAACCUGGAAAUUAAAAGAAGUCCAAAAACAGAUGAGCUGGGAAGAACAACACUCCCAGAUAGCACUGAAAAAACUACAGGAGUGGUACUGAAAAGUCACGGUGAUGGCUUUUAUCUCAGUGUUUCAAAUGCUUUUCAUUUAUAAGUUUUAUCGCUCAAAAAAUGGUAAUAUAGUACUUAUUUUGGAAUAUUUUGGGAUGUGGAUGGAUUCAACCCAGAUGACUA